GACUGCGGAGGGGAGAGGAAGCAUCAGGACUCCAGGCUGCUGGAAAUCACUGGAUACAUUUAUUGCUCACAACCUGGGGGACCAUACAUUGCAGGAUCCAUACACAUUUGGAGCAAUUACCUCUGGUUUAUUCUGGGAGCAGACUCUGAUUUGUGGGAUUUUGGCCAGUCUGGGCUGCUGUGAUCACCAUGUUAAGCUGUGCGACUGUGGUCAUGCUCUGCUUGCUCCUUGGAUUCCUGCUGCUAACAGGUCACAGUGAUUGUUCCAAAUUAAAAUCACCCAAGCUGAAUAUAAAGGAAAAAGAGUUAGUCAUAGAAGCAGGCCAACCGAUACAUCUCACAUGCAGCAGCCACAGAAGCCAUUUUUGGACUUUUCCUGACAACCUAAACAAGGAAAGCAACAGAACAAAUAUUACAAACAAUGCUUGUGAGGGCCAUCUACGAACCAGGUGUAGCUCAUUGACCGUGCUCAAAGCUCAGCCAAGUGAUACUGGAUUUUACAACUGCACAGUUGCCAUGAAAAAUGGAAACACGUCCAUUUCUGUCUACAUAUUUGUUGCAGAUGCCAACAUUCCUUUUGUGGAGACGCACACUGAAAUCCCCGAGGUAGUUCAUGUGACUGAUGGAGAAGAACUUCUCAUUCCUUGCCGUGUGACAUCCCCUAACAUAACCGUCACUUUUAAGCCCUAUGGCAAACUCCCAUUCCCUGUGGAUCAAAAAAACAUUAUCUGGAAUAAUAAAAGAGGAAUUAUCAUUCCCAAUCCCACAUUUCAAUUUUACGAUCUCUUGAUCUGUGAAGCCACCCUGAAUGGAAUUGUGCACAGAACAAUUUAUCUGCCAAAUAAACAAUCCAGUAAAAUCCACAGUGUUAAACUAGAUGCCCAGGAUUCUAUCCAUCUACUGAGUGGAGAACGGCUCAGGAUACAAUGUUCUGUUAAAACUGAUUUAAAUGCAAGAGCAGAAAUAGAAUGGAAAUAUCCUCGGACAAAAUUUUACAGAAUGGCUUCCACAGUGAGGAGAAUGGAUGCAUCAAACCCCAAAGUACUCAUGUUCUACAGCACACUGUUUAUUCAUGAUGUACGGAAAAUUGACGAUGGGGAGUAUACAUGCACAGCCAAGAAUGGUCCUUCUACAAGCUCAGUCAACACUACAGUUCAUAUUCAUGCCAAGCCAUUUAUCAACGUUAAACCUAGAACACAAGGUGUCUUGGAAGCUUCUGCUGGUCAGAAAUCUUAUCAUAUUUUAGUGAAAGUGAGAGCUUUCCCUGACCCGGAGGUUAUAUGGUUAAAAGAUGGCUUUCCAGCUUUAGAAGAGUGUACUCGGUACAGAAAUUCUGACAAAUAUUCCCUGACUAUCAAAGAUGUCACUGAAGAAGAUGCAGGAAAAUAUACAAUUGUGCUAAAGCUGAAGCAAUGGAAUCUGACCAAAAAUCUGACACUGCCCCUUGUUGUUAAUGUGAGGCCACAAAUUUAUGAAAACGCUGUGUCUAUGCAAGAACCUGUCCUGUACCCAUUGGGCAGCAAGCAGUCUUUAACGUGUACAGUUUUUGGUAUCCCACCUCCUACCAUAACUUGGCAUUGGCGGCCGUGUCCAGACAAGAAACUAAAGACAAGAUGUGACUUUCACAUUGACAGCGGCAGACAUUCGGUUCCACUGUUGGUUGGACAUAAUAGCAGCAGCCUUGGAAAUACAAUACAAAGCAUCAGAGAGCGCACACAAAUGAUUGAAGGAAAGAUUAAGACUGUAGGGACAAUCAUCGUAGAUAAUUCCAAGGCUUCUGGAGUCUACACUUGUAUGGCUGCUAACAAGCUGGGGAGUGAAAGAAGAGAAAUAAUGUACUAUGUAACAGAUAUACCAAAUGGAUUUCAAAUCUCCUUAAACAAAGUGCCUGCUGAAGGAGACAACUUCAUGUUAACAUGUUCCGUGAGCAAGUUCAUGUACACAGACAUUACAUGGAUUUUAUUCCGAACAGUUGGGAACCGAACAAUUCAUCACAGCAUCAGCAAACAGAGAAACUCCACUAUGACAGCGCACUCUCUUACUCUAACUGCUGUCAUCAGAAAUGCCAAUAUGGCCGACUCAGGUGUUUACGCUUGCCGGGCCAAAAACCUUUACACAGGGAAAUUUCAUCUGCAGAGAAAAGAGAUCAACAUCACUGGAGGGCACAACAGCAAAAAGACAGUUGUUUCACGGACCUCUAAACUCAAAAGGAGGAAGAGAAAUUCCACAACACAAAGCCUGGUGACCCAUUAAAGGACUCCAACAUUACAGAGGUCUGAAUGAUUGUCAUUAAUUAUUGAAGGUACUUAAUAUGCCUCCUGGAAUCACUGGAGAUUGACAGUGAAUAUGUGGAACCAUGAGUAUGGGCCAGAAUAUAUCACACUGCAGACUUGUCCUAUUUAUUACAAGCAACCAUUUUUUCUCCAGAGAUACGGCAACCAACCAAAAUGCAGGGAUUAUUGCAAGGAUCCUGUAUGAAAACUCUACUAGGAUUUACCUGCAGAUAAUCCUGACAAUAUGGUAUUCCCAUAAAUUAUUUCCAUCUCUAAGAAGGAGAAAGAACCUUGUCCAUCAUAAACAUCAGUGAGAAAUGUAAGAGAUUGAUAAAAACAAUGUAGUCCUACGUCAUCGAUAGGGAGUCAAAUGUGCUCCAGUAACUGCCCAUGGGUGCGACUGUUAUUAUUCUAUAUAUAAACUCGACUUGAGUGCAAGCGGUUAUAUCAUUCAUUGUCACAGAUGAAUCAGUGUGAAUAAGUCACUCGCUCAGUAUCUCCACGUUAGAGAAUAAUGAUCACUGUUGGAAGUCUUUGUUGGUAGUCCUAAAAAAUCUUUGUAUUUAAGAUGCCCAUCAUGGUAUUAUUGGCAGGCUUAAGAAAUACAUUCAUAAAUGAAUCUAAGCCAGGCUCAUACGUUGAUAUUUUGAUAUGUUGAUUUGGUCACUCUCAGGUUUGCAAAGAAAUAACUUAAAUUCCUUAUCUGCAUAAAAGUCCAAAUAUGUUUAAGUAUAACGCCGAGCAUCUGUCAAGGAAAAUGAAUAUAAUUCACAUUACACAUAUCUGACAUCACAUUCCGUUUCCAUGUCAAUUAACAUUUUUGUGUCCAUGCAUUCAUUUGCUUUGUAUCUAUAAUGCACCUUACUGGUAUAGCUGCUAUAUAUUUCCUUCAGUCCAUGUGCUGAAACUGACCAAACCAUUCCAUCCCAUAGAAAAGCACAUUGAGCCCUUUAGGAUGUGCGGUCGAGCCACGUCCUCAUUGUCACCCAAAGGGUAAAGGCAGUAUUAAUAUAUAAUUUAAAUAAGAAUAUUUUGUGAUAAUAUUUGAAUUAAAAUGAUUGUGAUGCA